AUGUCUUCUCGUCAGGAUCCAGGCGUUGUUGAUGAGAUGGCAGACAGCGACAUGGAAUAUUUCUUCGAUUUCGAAGCCUAUUUUCGCCACGAAAAUGCUGUCGACCAGGUACCCGUUGAGAGCGCCUUGGGUGUCCUGGAAGCCAAAGGAGCAGGGCCCGACCCAUCCGAACAGGUUCCCACCAAUGAUCCCGCUGCCCGGGAUAUGGGCACGGUUCCCCACGCCCAGAUGCAGCCUGGCAGGGCGCCUGCCCCACAAUUGCCUGAUCCCCGCUAUUCGGGGACUGGGAAGAGAGACCUCGAGCGCCAUCGUGAGUACGAGCACGGCGGGUCGACGCCGCAUGUCUGCCAGCACGAUGGCUGCGCCAACAUUGGGAAGGACUUUAAGAGAGCGGACAGACUGAAGGCGCAUGCGUUGGCUUGUCAUCGUUAG